AUGCGAAUAGAAGAUUUAUCAGUAGGAGGUUACAAAUGAAUUACUUAUCAAAAAUCCUUUUCAUUUGGAACGAUUUUCUUCUCAGUUGAGUACAAUUCACUUGGUUGUUUUAAAGACGGUACUCCCCAAGCUCUCCCGUUGUUACUAAAAAGCUUCCGGGGUAACAUCGAUUGGACUGACAUGACGAAAAUCGUUCGAGCAUGCGCAGAGAUCGCCAAGGAGCGUGGCCUCCCCGUGUUUGGAAUCCAGUAUUACGGAGAAUGUUGGAGUGGACUGGACGCCGAAAACACGUACAAUAAGUACGGACCUUCCGGAAACUGUUGGAAUGGAGUGGGAAAGGAGAAAACAAAUUAUGUGUACAAAAUAUGA